AUGAGCUACACAAACCCUAUCCUCCCGGGCUUCAAUCCGGACCCAUCCAUUGUUCGCGUCGACCGAGACUUCUUCUUGGUGACGUCAACGUUUGAAUACUUCCCCGGCGCCCCCAUCUAUCACAGCCAAGAUUUAAUCCAGUGGAAAUUGAUCGGCCAUGCAUUAACGAGGCCCAGUCAACUCCAGAUCCACACCCCAGAGCCCGGUGGGGGCGUGUGGGCGACCACGAUACGAUACCAUCGCGGUGUAUUCUAUAUAGUUGCCGCAAGCUUCCAGCGCUAUCGCCCACAGCUGGACGACCGUGUAUGGCCCCAGGGGUUCUACGUCAAGACCACGGAUAUUUGGGAUGAUACAACUUGGUCGGAACCUGUGUACUUCGAUCAAGUCGGAUUUGACCAAGAUCUCUUCUGGGACGAUGAUGGCACAGUAUACCUCUCAUCCACAUACCGGAAAUUGCAGCCCACACCCAAUGCCAACCUCAAAGACUUUGCCAUUCAUAUAUGCACAGUCGAUCUUUCUACUGGAAACUCGACGUCAGAGCCAAAAUUGAUCCGUGAAUCGUCCUCGGGCGUCGCUGAGGGAUCUCACAUCUUCAAACGCGGCCGUUACUGGUACCUCUUCACCGCGGAAGGAGGAACCGAAAGUGGACACUGUGAAUGGGUCAGUCGCAGUGAAACGGGUCCGUUUGGUCCAUGGCAUGUCGGGCCGAACAAUCCCCUCUGGAAUAAUGGAGUAGAAGACGAAGUACAGAACACAGGCCAUGCGGACCUGGUCGAAGAUGCGCACGGACAGUGGUGGGCGGUCUUACUGGGAGUUCGACCUAUGCGAAUAGAAGGAACGUGGGAAGAUUCUGUCCUGGGCCGAGAGACCUUCCUGGCGCCUGUCGAGUGGAAGGACGACUGGCCCGUGAUUAAUGGUGGCCAGCACAUCAGCCUUCAGUCAAAAGGCCCAGGCUUGUAUCAAUUCAAUACGCCAGUCUCAUGGAAAGAUGACUUUUCAUCUCCUCUGUUGCAGAUGGGCUGGUAUCGAAAAAAUACUCCCUUCAAGACCGAUUUUUCUCUCACAGAACGUCCGAAUCACCUCCGGCUCUAUGGGGGGCCAUACCAUCUUUCCGUGCCCGCCUGCCCAACGCUGUUCCUACGGAAACAAACGCAUCCGUUCUGUACUUGGGAGACACAGCUGUCUUUCCUUCCCGUUUCUGAACACACCGAGGCCGGAACGGUGGUCUGGUGGAAUUACUUCACAUUUAGUAGCCUCGGCAUUCGGGCUCAGGAUGGCCGUCGUAUCAUUCGUUUUCAACCCUCCGAGGGCAAUUCUGUCGAGUGCCACCUAGAUCCCACCGCAGAUGUCAUUCUUGUGAUCGAGUGUGGCCAUCGCUAUCAAUUUGGAUAUCGUCUAGUGACGGAAAGCCACAUUCACUGGAUGGGUCAAGUGGCCAACCGGGAUGCGACCAAGGCGCCACCUGUGGGCGCGCCUUUUACGGGGAUGAUGCUGGGCCUUGCUGACACCAUGCCUGAACAUCCGCAAUCACUGACCACGGAGCCGAUCUUUGUGUCCGAUGGUAGUGGAGAGACGGUCGACGACUGGUCCGGACUGGCAGAUCCGCUAGAGCGCCGUCGACGCCAGAAUCGGAUCAACCAGAGAGCCCAUCGGAAACGAAAGCGCGAACAAGCGAACCAAGACCCUCGCCCGAAAACCGUGGUGAUAUCCUCUUCCUCAUCUGUGUCUGCUAUCCAAUCAACCGGGCAGCAUGCCGUCGUUGUUCGAAAUGGCAGAGACCAGAUGAUCGACUGCAAUUUUGUGGCUGAAAUGGCAGAACAUUUACUACAAAACUUCGCUCAAGACGCAUACCAGGGCUACUUGUUGGGAUCUCCGACGUCCGAUCACUUGUUGGUAUUGACCAAGAUCAACGUUUUUCGAGCAUUGGCACACAAUAUGAAUCUGAUUGGUUGGUCAAUGGAAAUGAUGAACGACGAUGCGAUAUCACCCUUUAAUAUACCGAUGCCGGGGCACUCUUUACCAGAUCAGAUCCCUUCCACACUGCAACCUACUCGACUUCAGAAAAGCGUGAUACACCAUCCGUGGUUGGAUUUCUUUCCUCUGCCCAAAAUGCGUGACAACCUGAUAGAGGCCGGUGACGACUGGGACGACGAGCAGCUGUGCACCGACAUCAUGGGAUUCUGGAACCAACCGGACAAGGAUUCCGGGCUACUAGUCUGGGGAGAGCCCUGGGAUGUGCGCAGUUGGGAAAUGACCGAGUGGUUCUUGAAGAAGUGGCAGUGGGUUGUGCGCGGGUGUCCCGAGCUGAUGAACUCGACCAAUGCGUGGCGUGCGCGUCGGGGAGAGAAGUUGAUUUUCCGCUAUCUUUGA